UCUAUUGCGAGGCAGCAAGAGAAAGAGCCGGAGGAGGAACUCAAGAAAGAGAUGGGAAUCUAUCUGUCCGUCCGAUUGGCGCGGUGGUGCGGCUGUGGGUGAGAUGCUGCAUGUGUGGAUGCUAGCCCGCUAGAUGCGACUAUAGUAGAUGGUAAAUAAGAAGGAUGGCAGAAGACUUAGACGGAGGUACGACUGCGUCUACAUGCUGCAUCCCAUCCGCUCUUUUAUCUUCUUUGCGAGGAUAUGUGCUCAUUAGUGCAAAGCAGGGCAGAGCAGAGCAGAUCAGACCAGACAGAGUAGAGGUAACCAACUCGAUGCACGCGUCAGGGAGGAUUCGUAUACAAGCCAAUAUACCGGUGGAAUUUGCAAGCUGCAUCACCAAUGUAAAUGCAUACUUACUCUACCUACCUAUCUAUACUCUUGUCAUGGCAGCAGAGCAGGGUGUCACCGUAAAAGGUCCAGGAUGCAAAUUGCACUCUGCACUUUCUGCACUGCCCCCUCCCAGUCGUCCGAUAGUUAUGCUUGAAGUGCGGCCUACAAUUGCAGCAGGCAGUGCAUCGUCAAUCCUCCUAUUAUCACCUGAAUGGUCCUGGGAUGUGAUGCGCACAUGUACUGCCGCCCAGAAGAACCCGCUGCGCGCCAUACAUUCCCCUUGCCUCUUUGAUGGCUACAAAGCAUGCACUCCAUAUGCUACGCUUAAUGGGCCUAAGUUAGAGAGCAUGAACAAUAACCAUGAUGCAGAAUAUGCUGCAAUCUGCCCAACCAGAUGAUAUCAAAAAGGAGGGCUGACGUCUAUUCUCUCCGGUCCCAUUGGCUCCAACCCACCAAUACAGGUUCUGCAAAAGUGCUCCGACGAAUAUGGCUGUGCUCUCAUGUGCGCUCGAGCUGUCAACCUGCACGAUGAUGUCGGCUCGCAUAUGCCGAAAAAGCCAGCACGCCAUCUCAGCGGGCAUCCGGCUAGCCGGCGCCAGCGCAUAGCAUGCGCAUACAUAUCUAGCAUGCGCGGCGGCAGAGGCGUGGAGCUUGGCUGUGGCCGUACUUGUAGAUCUUGCAAUUAUUAGAAAUGGCA